AUGAAUAUAUUACAAUGUACCGUCGGUUGCCGAUCACUAGUGCUUUUGGUACAUGAGAACUGUGAUCCAGAAUAUCCUCAGUAUACAAGCUUUUUAUCGAGGUUGAAAACAUUCGAUUCACACCCGGCUCGAUCGUGUCAAGAUAAAUAUUCACUGGCCGCCAGCGGAUUCACUUAUACCGGGACUGAGGAUUUGGUUCAAUGCAUGGAAUUUAUUGAAAAUGUAAAAAAUGAAUUUAAUCGCAAACGUAGUGAUAAUAGAGACAUUCGAGACUGUUGUCGUUGUAAAUCAGAACCGUAUGAUGUUGGUAAUAAUCGCGAUAAUAGUAAUAGUCAAGCCCGUAUAUGUAAAUCUGAAUCGUAUGAUGUCGUCGGGUGA